CUCAUUUGAUACGCGUAGGCUGGGCCCAGCGUAUUUUCAUUUUCAUUUACGCGACGUGCAGCCCGCAAUGUUUCCCCGGGUAUAUUUCUGUAGUAUGUCAUUAACAUCGCUCAAAAGCAGAAUCGCCAAUUAUCCAAAAUAUUCGCUACGAGUAACGAAUACGUUCAUCCGAUCACUGAAUCUAUUUGCGGUAGAAAAAUAAACAGAAUCGAACAGCAGAUUUAGCGUCUAAGUUGCUCUGCUCAAAUCAGUAUUCUCGUUAGUACUUCGAUAUGGAGGAGAAUAACAGUCCAAGUGUGAGUCGAUCGAACGCGAUGGCUUUGAUGAGAUUCUUCAGCGUGGACACCGACACGGAGGUCAACUUACCGCAUACUACUUCAGGAAUCCAAGUGCCGGAUUUGGUUGAUUUGUGGGCCAGGGAAUUUAUACUGAAAGUUGUACAAUUGGCAGUGGGCUUCAUAUGCAUCGGUCUCUACUCCGAGGGACUGAAGAUCGUAAUCGAUUCGAUCAGCUCGAUGAUGUUCCCGAACGUAGUCUUCAGCAGUUUCCUGAUCAUCACCGGUGUGAUCAUCCUGAGCAGACUCCUCGGCUGUCCAGUGCCGCAGCUGCUCACCAGGAUUUUCGGCAUAUUGGGGGCGCUUUUGUACUUGGCCUCGGCGGCUGUGACAACUUACGAAGCGCUCACCAGAGUGGACAAGGCGGACUUGAUCAGGAUCAGGUGUUUGGUGGCCACCGCGAUGCUCAGUUAUGUGAACAGUGCCGUGUACGGCUUGGACGUGUAUUUCAGUGUUAAAAAGACGUUGGAUUUUGACACGAAAAUAUAAGGCUAUAAAAAGGUUACAAUAAAUGCUAAUAAAUAAAACGAGUGUUCUAUUGGAAACAAGUAUUAUAAUCUCACCUUGCAGACAAAAAUAUUAACGAUAAGUAUGUUUCUAAGUUGAUAAGAAAAUUUGAAGAAAGUGGAUCUAUCUAUUUAAUAU